CGUUUACUAUCGCCGGUCGUGGAGCUCGGUGGGACGGAAUAGAAUGAAAUGUAACAAAACAAGCUGAGCCUUUGUAGCUGUUUAAAGGGGCCGCGGUCCCUUCACUCCCGCCUCCCGCCUCCUUCCCCUGCGACGUGCCCUGCACCUAGAGCCGGGCUCUGGGCUCUGGGGAAACUGGUCCAGCAAGGCUAGAUCUUUCUGAAGCCCACCUCCGGAGGCAGCGCGACCGAGAAAAGCGUCCAGGAGGAAGACCACCGCGCAGAGAGGCAAGAGAGGGAGAGGAGGAAGGCACUAGCCCAGAGUGGGCUGCGGUCCCUGGGCGCCCCGGGCCGGCUUGCGCUGCGUGGAUCUCGGGGGACUGGAAUGCAAACAAAGCUGGCCGCGGGCAGGGGCGGGAGCCCGGAGGCGCUGAGAAAGUUUGCCUAAGGAUGGCUUGAGCUGGGGGAGGGAGAGCCGGCAAAGUUUCUUUCGUCUGCUUCUGGCUUUGGGGGUGUCCUCUGGGGACAUGUCCCUUCAGCGCCCCAGCUGAUCUUCGAGGUUGGGGCCGCCGCUGCUGCUGUCUUGGGCCACCUGUUUCACAUUCCUCUGUAUCUGCGGGUCCGCUCGUGUGUGCGUGUGCACUCGAGUGUGUGUAGGGGGGUCGGGGGUCGGGGGCGCCACGCGCGUGGCCAGCACCAUGUCGAAAGUCAUCCAGAAGAAGAAUCACUGGACCACCAAGGUGCAUCAGUGCACCGUGAGCCGGGGGCCCCAGGGCGAGCUGGGGCUGACCGUCCUGGGGGGAGCCGAGUACGGCGAGUUCCCCUACGUGGGCUCCGUGGAGUCGGACGCAGAGCUGGGGCUCGCCAGCGGCGGCGAGGGCAGCAGUCUCAGCGAGGGCGAGCUACUGCUGGAGGUGCACGGGGUCCGCGUGUCCGGCUUGCCCCGCUACGACGUGUUGGGAGUUAUCCAGAGCUGCAAGGGGUCCGUCACCUUCAAGGCUGUCAGACCAGGAAGUCGACUGAACAAGGAUCUGAGACACUAUCUCAAUCAACGUUUUCAGAAAGGAUCACCUGAUCAUGAGCUGCAGCAGGUCAUAAGAGAUAACCUUUAUCGCCAUGCUGUGCCUUGCACAACCCGACCUCCAAGAGAAGGAGAAGUGCCUGGGGUGGAUUAUAACUUUUUGACAGUCAAGGAGUUCCUGGAUCUUGAGCAGAGCGGGACUCUCUUGGAAGUCGGCACGUAUGAAGGUAACUAUUAUGGGACACCCAAGCCUCCCAGCCAACCCGUCAGCGGGAAAGUGAUUCCCACUGAUGCUUUACACAACCUUCAGACGGGCUCCAAGCAGUCAACCCCGAAACGCACCAAGUCCUACAAUGAUAUGCAAAAUGCUGGCAUAGUACACGCGGAAAAUGAUGAUGAGGAUGAUGUCCCUGAAAUGAACAGUAGCUUGACAGAUUCUGGAGAACAAGACGAGCACAAUCCCCUUAGGACAAGAGAGACAACCUUGCCGUCUGUGAAUAAUAGCAUCACCACUGUUCCCAUCACGGAACCAUCUCAGAAGCUCCCUCAAUACCUACCUCUUUGUGCAGAGGAAAACUUAGGUCCUCUACCUGAGAAUUGGGAGAUGGCCUAUACCGAAAAUGGAGAAGUCUAUUUUAUAGACCACAACACAAAAACAACAUCUUGGCUCGACCCUCGGUGCCUGACCAAACAACAGAAGCCUCUGGAAGAAUGUGAAGAUGAUGAAGGGGUACACACCGAGGAAUUGGACAGUGAACUAGAAUUGCCUGCUGGUUGGGAAAAGAUUGAAGACCCCGUAUAUGGUGUCUACUAUGUAGACCAUAUCAACAGGAAAACACAAUAUGAAAACCCAGUCUUGGAAGCCAAACGGAAGAAACAGCUUGAACAACAACAACAACAACAACAACAACAACAACAACAGCAGCAGCAGCAGCAACAACAGCAGCAACAGCAGCAACAACAACAACAGCCAGAAGAAUGGGCAGAAGACCAUUCAUGCCUCGCUGCUCCUGUUGUUCCAAACCAUCCAACAAAUAACCAGGAGCCUGUUAGAGAACUUCCACUUCAGGGUAAACCCUUUUUUACACGAAACCCAUCUGAGUUGAAAGGCAAGUUCAUUCACACAAAACUGAGGAAAAGCAGCAGAGGCUUUGGUUUCACUGUUGUUGGUGGGGACGAGCCUGAUGAAUUCCUCCAGAUCAAGAGUUUGGUGCUGGAUGGGCCUGCUGCAUUGGAUGGCAAGAUGGAAACAGGGGACGUGAUUGUCAGCGUGAAUGAUACCUGUGUGCUGGGACAUACACACGCUCAAGUUGUAAAAAUAUUCCAGUCCAUUCCCAUUGGUGCCAGCGUGGACCUUGAACUCUGCCGAGGUUAUCCGUUGCCUUUUGACCCAGAUGAUCCCAACACAAGCCUGGUGACUUCUGUGGCCAUUUUGGAUAAAGAACCCAUCAUUGUGAACGGUCAGGAGAAUUAUGACUCCCCAGCCAGCCACAGUAGCAAGACGGGGAAGGUCAAUGGUAUGAAGGAACCCCGACCCAGCAGUCCUGCCGAGGCAUCUUCAAAUGGUUCCCAUGGUUACCCCAAUGAUACUGUUUCUUUGGCCUCUUCUAUAGCAACACAACCAGAACUCAUAACUGUUCAUAUAGUCAAAGGACCAAUGGGUUUUGGUUUUACUAUAGCGGACAGUCCUGGCGGAGGAGGUCAACGGGUCAAACAGAUUGUGGACAGUCCGAGGUGCCGAGGCCUAAAGGAAGGGGAUCUCAUAGUUGAAGUGAAUAAGAAGAAUGUGCAGAACCUCACCCAUAAUCAAGUAGUGGAUAUGCUGAUCGAAUGUCCAAAAGGGAGCGAGGUGACGUUGUUGGUGCAACGAGGAGGACUGCCAGUCCCAAAGAGGAGCCCAAAGUCGCAACCACUGGAGAGGAAAGAUAGCCAAAACAGCUCUCAGCAUAGUGUCUCCAGCCACCGGAGCGGACACACAGCUUCCCCCAGCCAUAGCACACAGGCGCUACCCGACUUCCCUCCCGCUGAGGCCCCAGCAGCAGACCAAAUAGACAGCUCUGGACAGAAAAAGCCAGAUCCCUUCAAAAUCUGGGCUCAGUCCAGGAGCAUGUAUGAAAGCCGACCUAUGUCACCUUCGCCUGCAUCAGGACUGAGCAAGGGGGAAAGAGAGAGAGAAAUCAAUUCCACGAAUUUUGGAGAAUGUAAGAUUCCAGAUUUCCAAGAACAAGAUAUCUUCCUAUGGAGAAAAGAAACGGGAUUUGGCUUUCGAAUUCUAGGUGGAAAUGAACCAGGAGAGCCUAUUUAUAUUGGUCACAUCGUACCAUUGGGUGCUGCUGAUGCAGAUGGUCGCCUCAGGUCUGGAGAUGAGCUAAUCUGUGUUGACGGGACACCAGUGAUUGGAAAAUCUCACCAGCUCGUGGUUCAACUUAUGCAGCAAGCUGCCAAGCAAGGCCAUGUCAACCUCACUGUGCGGCGUAAAGUGGUCUAUGCGGUCCCCAAAGCAGAGAAUGAGGUCCCUUCCCCAGCAUCUUCCCAUCACAGCAGCAACCAGCCGGCUUCCCUGACAGAGGAGAAGCGCACUCCCCAGGGCAGCCAGAAUUCUCUGAACACCGUGAGCUCGGGCAGCGGCAGCACCAGCGGGAUAGGCAGUGGUGGUGGCGGGGGCAGCGGAGUGGUGAGCACAGUGUUGCAGCCCUAUGAUGUGGAGAUCCGCCGGGGGGAGAACGAAGGCUUUGGAUUUGUCAUCGUAUCAUCUGUGAGCAGGCCGGAGGCGGGGACCACUUUUGCAGGAAAUGCAUGUGUGGCCAUGCCCCACAAAAUAGGUCGGAUCAUUGAGGGGAGUCCUGCUGACCGCUGUGGCAAACUGAAAGUAGGAGACCGGAUCUUGGCUGUGAAUGGAUGUGCUAUCACCAACAAAUCCCACUCAGACAUUGUCAACUUAAUCAAAGAAGCUGGAAACACAGUUACUCUCCGCAUCAUUCCUGGGGAUGAGUCCUCAAAUGCCACUUUGCUGACCAAUGCUGAAAAGAUUGCCACCAUUACCACCACGCACACUCCUUCCCAACAAGGAGCCCAGGAGACCAGGAACAAUGCUAAACCAAAGCAGGAAUCGCAGUUUGAUUUCAAAGCCCCCCAGGCUGCACAGCAGGACCAAGAUUUCUAUACUGUUGAACUGGAAAGAGGAGCCAAAGGAUUUGGUUUUAGUCUUCGAGGUGGCAGAGAAUAUAAUAUGGAUCUCUAUGUGUUGCGGUUAGCUGAGGAUGGUCCAGCAGAGAGGUGUGGAAAGAUGAGGAUUGGUGAUGAAAUCUUAGAAAUCAAUGGGGAAACCACCAAAAAUAUGAAGCACUCUCGGGCUAUAGAACUGAUUAAGAAUGGCGGCCGCAGAGUUCGUCUAUUUCUGAAACGUGGAGAUGGCUCAGUACCGGAAUAUGACCCCAGCAGCGACAGGAACGGCCCCCCCACAAGUCCACAAAAUGUACCGGAAAUGAAAAGCGGGCCAUCCGAUCGGCGACAACACCCAUCAUUGGAGUCCAGUUAUCCACCAGAUCUUCACAAAUCAUCACAACAUGGGGAAAAGCGGGCAUAUGUUAAAGACCCAAAAGGCAGCAGAGAGUAUAGCAGACAACUCAACGAACACCACACUUGGAAUGGAAUUUCUAAAAGACCUGAAGGGGUCGGAGCAGGGAGGCCAAAGGACCGAACACCAGAGGGAAGGAGAGAAACCCACCAGGAGAGGAUGGUGAUAAAUGGACCAAAAAAGAAGUCACCUGAAAAGAGGCGAGAGGGAACAAGGAGCGCGGACAACACUUUGGAACGCAGAGAACGGCAUGAGAGGAGGCGAGAGAUUUCUCCUGGGAAGAGAAGAGAACGGUCACCAGGCCACAGAAAAGAUGGUUCACCCAGCAGACGGAGAAGAUCCUUGGAAAGGCUCUUGGAUCAAAGGAGAUCUCCAGACCGAAGAAGAGAAUUCUCACCCGAGAGGAGGGCCAAGUCCUCUGACCGAAGGAGAGAACGGUCCCCAGAGAGGAGACGAGCACGGUCACCAGAGAGAAGGAGAGAAAGGUCACCUGAAAAGAGAAACCGAGAUGACAAAAUCAGUCACAAAGAAAGGGAAGGCCCCAAUCAGAAGCCAGAGAUGAGCAGAAGUUCCAGACAUCCCCCCGAGCAGAGAAGGAGACCUUAUAAAGAAUGCAGCACUGACCUCAGUAUCUGAGCCUUUUUGCAACACGUUCCAGCCUUUACAGGGUUAAAGAUUUUAGGAGGGUAACAAAUUAUUUAGUUUCUUAUGUAACAAAGUAUCCAAUACCUGAUGAUCUUAAAGAAUAGCAACAAACAUUUUAUGCAGAUGAAACAUAUAAGAAAAAUAUAUGAAAAGUGUUGUGCCUGAUGUAUCAUAUUAAAGAAAGUAUUUUUAAAUGUAUACUUUUUUGAAAAUUAUUUGCCAAAUGCUGUCCCUAAAGGAUAUAAAUUUUGUUUCUACAUCCAGUGUAGAAUCACGGAGAAUCAUCCUUGACCGGGCAGCCUGUUCCUCUCAUAGUCAUAUGGGGCAGUCAGUAAUUCCUCUAGGGAAGGAAGUUUAUUGAUUUCAUUUAAUUAAUCAGAUCCAGACUGUUAUUUAGUGAUUUCCUGCUAUACUGUAUCUAGGAGUUUUGAAAAGAAAUGGGGAAGGGGAGGGGGGUAAAAGCAUCACACCAGUAAGAGCCGUGGACUCUUCCUGAAGAAACAGAAAGCAAGCUAUCCUCAAAAUGAAUUAACUGUUUGGAGAGACUACUAUUACGAUGAAGGAUAUUUAUAUGAAGACUAAGCAGCACAAAGAGACGUAUUUGAUUCUUGGUUUAGCGUUGGUUCAGCCAGCAGCUUGUAUCUUUCAUGUCUGGUAGGAGAUAACAAGACAGGAGCUAGGGCUGCCACACCCAUGAUGCAAGUGUAGACCACCAAGCUCAUUAAGAAUCCUCAAUACCUACCAAGGUCACCUUAAGGCAGCGCCACUGCAGUUUAGCUCAACAACCAGAAGCAACUGGACCAAAUGCCAAACGUGUGUUAUAUCAUCUUCUUAGAAGUAGGAUGCCAACUAGAAAAUGGGGGUCCACGCACAGUAUAACAGAGGCAUUUGAAAUCCCCACUAUACAGUAGGUGUAUUCAUUCUGCUUAGUAGAAACCGGUUGAUAUUCUUUGUCAGAAUUUUGAAUUAAGGGAGUUGGGGAGGGGAGAAGGAUGGAUUUCUGUAUUUGAUUUUACUGUUUGAUUCUUCCUGAGACAAGCAGGAUAUGCCUUGUGAAUGCAAGAGAAAUAUCCCCAGGAUGACCAAAGAAGCCAUUGGGAGAGUUUGCCCAAUCUGUUUGGGAAGCUUCAGCCCUGGUGACUUUGCCGCUUGAAUAGCUCUGGACAGCAGAACAAACUACGAGGUUUUUUUGGGGGGUGGGGGUGGGCGGAGUAGCUUUCUUUCUUUCUUUCUUUCUUUCUUUCUUUCUUUCUUUCUUUCU